AGCAAGAACCAGGGAGCAGGGGCGAGCGAGAUGUCGUCUUCAGACGAGGAGGGGUCAGGGGAGGAGUACCUCUUCAAGAUCGUUAUAAUCGGCGACUCGGCGGUGGGGAAAUCGAACUUGCUGUCCCGCUAUGCGCGGAACGAGUUCAAUGCCCACUCCAAGGCCACCAUAGGCGUGGAGUUUCAGACCCAGAGCAUGGAAAUCGACGGCAAAGAGGUCAAAGCUCAGAUUUGGGACACCGCCGGACAGGAACGCUUCAGGGCCGUCACCUCUGCUUACUACCGCGGCGCCGUCGGAGCUCUCAUUGUCUAUGAUAUCACCCGCAAGACCACUUUCGAGAGUGUUGGCCGCUGGCUCGAUGAGCUCAAGACUCAUUCCGAUACAACUCUGGCAAUGAUGCUAGUGGGGAACAAAUGUGAUUUAGAGGAUAUUAGGGCUGUGAGUGUUGAGGAUGGUAGAAGCCUUGCUGAAGCAGAGGGGUUAUUCUUCAUGGAGACAUCUGCCCUGGACUCAACAAAUGUUAUAAAGGCUUUUGAGCUUGUGAUUCAAGAAAUAUAUAACAAUGUCAGCCGGAAGGUCUUGAACUCGGAUACGUACAAAGCAGAGUUAUCUGUGAACAGGGUCAGCCUCGUUAAUAAUGGAGCAGAUGGAUCAAAUAAAACCCAGGGCUAUUUUUCUUGCUGUUCCGGUUGAUAUGGUUUAUAUCUCCCAAAAGAUCACAAAAACGUGUAGGACGAGCGCUCGAGGGCAUUUCCAAGGUUGGUUAUUGAAUUUGGUUCGUUAAUUGGUUUGUUUGGUAUUCGGUACCUGCUCAAAGGUUUCCGAACAAGUCGAUAUUAUACAAGUAAAUUCUUAUCUUUGUAAUUCAUGUAAACAAGUUGAAUUUGUACACUGGAUGGGAACCAUGUAACUUCUAUAAAAUGAAGACGGGCACCCCAUUUCUUUUGUGUGA